AUGUCACAAGGUAGAAAAGCAGCGGAAAGACUUGCUGGUAAGACCAUUUUUAUAACUGGGGCCUCUGCGGGGAUUGGUCAGGCAACUGCCUUAGAAUAUUGCGAUGCCUCCAAUGGCAAAAUCAAAUUAAUUCUUGCAGCAAGAAGAUUGGAAAAGCUCGAGGAAUUGAAGUCAAAAAUUAACAAGGAGUAUCCGGAAGCCCAAGUCUAUAUCGGAAAGCUAGAUGUGACCGAAACUGAAAAGAUUCCAAUUUUCUUGAAGAGUUUGCCAGAAGAGUUCAAAGAUAUCGACAUAUUGAUUAACAACGCAGGAAAAGCUCUCGGAUCGGAUCCCGUAGGUAAUAUUAACCCUACGGAUAUUGAAGGUAUGAUGAAUACCAACGUUUUGGGUCUGAUUAAUGUGACACAAGCAGUCUUGCCAAUCUUCAAAGCCAAAAACUCUGGUGACAUUGUGAAUUUGGGUUCAGUGGCUGGAAGAGAAGCCUACCCAACAGGUGCUAUAUACUGUGCUACGAAGCAUGCCGUCAGAGCCUUCACUCAAAGUUUGCGCAAAGAGUUGAUAAACACCAACAUUCGUGUUAUAGAAAUUGCACCAGGAAAUGUAGAGACUGAAUUCUCAUUGGUUAGAUAUAAGGGUGACAGCGAGCGUGCCAAGAAGGUUUACGAGGGUACUACUCCCCUCUAUGCUGACGACAUUGCUGAUCUAAUCGUCUACGCUACUUCCAGAAAGCCAAACACUGUUAUUGCAGACGUUUUGGUGUUUGCAUCAAACCAAGCUUCCCCAUACCACAUUUACCGUGGUUGA